CUGCUACUGAGAGCAAUGCUGACUCAAUUCAGGAGGGGAGAGGAAAUCGAUGGCCCAGAAUUGAACAUGACCCAAUACAGCGUUGUGGAGACAAAGGAGGAGCAGGAGAUGCACUACUUGAUGCCCCGUCGUGGUCCUUUCCGAUUGCUUCGCGGAUACAAGUUGAAGAGCCGAUACGCACCAGUUGCUGGCUAUCGAUACGAUGGACUAUACGAGCAACAUCAGUUUGGUCUCAAGACCGAUUCUAUUAAGAAUUGCUAUAGAUAUACAGUCAUCUUGAAGAGACUGGAUUACCAACCCCCCCUGGCCACCUUACUGAACACUCCCAAGCCUCAUCAGCUGGAUCAAUGGGCAGUUUACCUACAAUGGAUCGCUCGUGAGAUGAAGAAGGAAGGCAGCCAGAUUAAGUACGCCACCUGGCGGCUUGCUGAGGAGCAACAGAUGCGAGAGAAAGAUGAGUGGUUGGUGGAGCAAAACGCUGCUAGUACUGCUGCCGCUCGUGGAUUCCGAAAGUACGUUACAGAUCCCAGAAAAGCUGGCUACAAACAGAGCUAAGUCGUCAAGUUGAAUUCGGUUGGUACUUAUUUGGACUGUAUCCUUUGAACAGGGGUUGGGCCAUCGAAGUAGCUGGUUUGGAUGCAUGUGGGCUGAAGUUG